AUGACUGCGGCGUUACCCAACGAUCUCGCCUUGUCCACAACGUACAUUCCAUCGACCGGCGUCUCGUACUCGGUGGUGUACGGCUGCAACGACAGCCAGAUGGCUGAAAUUUGGCGGCGGCUUGACCGCGAACGGCUCAUCGGCAGGGCGGAAAGCUUGGCCGACAAGUUUACCCUCGGGUCCGACAUACUCGAGAACAAAUCCUGGGAUUCCACCAACCCCAAGAUGCAGGGUUACCUAGAAGUGUGUCUGCAAAGCCGCACUCUGAUCGAUUACAUUCGGGCGGCCAAGCGGCAGCUAGCCAAAGUCUUGGUUGAGAUCGAUGGCUUAGAGAGGUUAUGGCGCCAAUCUAACUUGAAGCCUGCCGUGUCAAAGGCUAGGCUAAAAGCUGAGAAGGGAAAACGACAAAAAAAGAUCUCAGGAAUGCUACAAACGGGGGAAAAAAUGAAGCAGAGAAUCCGUGAGAUGCUGGACGAGUAUGACGACAAGGUGGACGAAUGCAAGAAAAUGGCGCAGAACUUGUCUCUUGCGAUGCAAUCUGGAUGGAACCAAAUUGCCCGGGAGGACUCCAUCACCAACACACGUAUCUCCAAAGCCAACACCAUGAUUGCGUUGGAAACCAAGAGAGAGAGCGCCCAGAUGAGGUCCAUUGCCCUCCUCACUAUGAUAUACCUCCCCCUAUCAUGUGUGGCAUCCGUCUUCUCUACCACGCUAUUCAACUGGAACCCUAGCGAUGGGGAGCCAAUUGUUUCCAAAUACAUAUGGGUUUUACUGACCCUCGCUCUGGUGUUAACAUGCAUCACCGUUCUGGCCUGGCAUUUCACCACCAACCGUGAGAAGAAGCGCGAGAGAAAGAGGAGCGGAACUUUCGAUACGGUUCUGUCGGAUGCCGUAUGA